CUGCAGGCGGCUACCGGCUCCGCUGCGGGAGCGAGGCGGCUGCGGCGAUGGCGGCGGAACGGGGCCGCCUGAGCUUCCCGGGCGGCGCCGGGGUGUUGAGCCGCCCAGUGCCCAUGAACCUAUUCGCCACCUGGGAGAUCGACGGCUCCAGCCCCAGCUGCGUCCCCAGGUUGUGUACCUUGACUUUAAAGAAACUGGUUGUCUUAAAGGAAUUGGAUAAGGAGCUCAUUUCUGUGGUUAUUGCAGUCAAAAUGCAGGGCUCGAAGCGAAUACUACGGUCUCAUGAAAUUGUGCUGCCACCAAGCGGACAUGUGGAAACCGAACUUGCACUAACUUUUUCACUACAGUAUCCUCACUUCUUGAAAAGAGAAGGCAACAAGCUUCAGAUCAUGCUGCAAAGGAGGAAGCGAUACAAAAACCGAAUGAUUCUGGGCUACAAGACUUUAGCAGUGGGCUCCAUCAACAUGGCUGAGGUGAUGCAGCAUCCGACUGAAGGAGGCCAGGUUCUGAGCCUUUUCAGUAACAUCAAGGAAACCACGGCCAAAGUAGCAGAGAUCUGGAUCUUCUCACUGUCUAGUCAGCCAAUAGACCACGAAGACAGCACCAUGCAGCCUAGCCAGAAGAUCAAGUCCACAGAUAACUAUUCUGAAGAAGAGUAUGAGAGCUUCUCUUCUGAGCAGGAAGCCAGUGAUGAUGCUGUCCAUGGACAGGAUUUGGACGAUGAUGACUAUGAGCUGGGCAAGCCAAAGAAACAGCGGAGAUCGAUAGUAAGAACGACGUCCAUAACCAGGCAACAAAACUUCAAGCAGAAAGUGGUGGCGUUGCUGAGAAGGUUUAAAGUAUCUGAUGAGGUUCUGGAUUCAGAGCAGGACCCAGCAGAGCAUGUGCCAGAAGUGGAGGAAGACUUGGACCUUCUGUACGAUACAUUGGAUAUAGACAACCCCAGUGACAGUGGCCCUGAAAUGGAAGAUGACGACAGUGUCCUCAGCACUCCUAAACCAAAGUUAAAGCCGUAUUUUGAAGGCCUGUCACAUUCCAGCUCUCAGACAGAAGUUGGUAGCAUCCACAGCAUCAGAAGCCAAAGAGAGCCAUCAAGUCCUGUAGAAGUGCCUGAAAAGACGAAGAGCCUUGGAAGCAAACAUCCAGGUGACAGUAUCUCCGACACUGUGUCUUACGAGCCUAGCCAGCAAGACUCCCAGGAAGCAGAACUCUGCACACUGGAUGUGUUCAUUGAGAAGCUCCCACCAAGUGGAAAAAUCACCAAGACAGAAUCUCUCAUUAUUCCUUCCACCAGCAGGCCAGAAGGGAAGCAAACUGGUCGCCGUGGCAGAAGCACUUCACUGAAGGAAAGGCAGCCAGCAAGGCCACAGAAUGAGAGGGCAAACAGUCUGGACAAUGAGCGCUCUCCAGACACCAGGCACCACCUGCAGAUUCCAAGGAAAACUGUAUACGAUCAGUUGAAUCACAUCCUGAUUUCUGAUGACCAGCUACCAGAAAAUAUUAUUCUUGUCAAUACUUCGGACUGGCAGGGCCAGUUUCUCUCAGAUGUCUUGCAAAAACAUACCCUCCCUGUGGUCUGUACAUGCUCUUCUGCUGAUGUGCAGGCGGCUUUCAGUACAAUUGUCUCCAGGAUACAGAGAUACUGUAACUGCAAUUCUCAGCCUCCAAACCCCAUUAAAAUUGCAGUGGCUGGAGCCCAGAAUUACCUCAGUGCUGUGUUGAGGCUCUUUGUAGAACAGCUGUCUCACAAAACCCCGGACUGGCUCAGCUACAUGAGAUUUUUGAUCAUCCCACUAGGUUCUCAUCCAGUGGCGAAGUACCUAGGCUCUGUAGAUUACAGGUACAACAACUUCUUCCAAGACUUAGCCUGGAGAGAUUUGUUUAAUAAACUUGAAGCACAGACCAGUGUUCAGGAAACACCAGAUAUUGUCUCCAGAAUAACCCAGUAUAUAGCCGGGGCAAACUGUGCACACCAGUUGCCUAUUGCAGAAGCAAUGUUGACAUACAAACAGAAAAGCCCUGAUGAAGAAUCAUCCCAGAAGUUCAUUCCCUUUGUUGGGGUGGUAAAGGUUGGAAUAGUGGAACAGUCCUCAGCAACAUCAGGUGAUUCCGAUGAUGCAGCUCCCUCUAGUUCCAGUGUCCUUUCCUCUACCCCGCCUUCUGUGUCUCCUGCUGUGAAGGAAGCUUCCCCCACCCCACCUUCCUCGCCGUCUGUCACGGGCAGCUUCUCUUCCUCCAGCCAGACUGUUGGUGCUGAGCUGAUGGGACUGCAGGUGGAUUACUGGAUUGCAGCUCAGCCCAUGGAGAAGAAGAGAGACCCAGAAAAGAAGGACCCUUCCACUGCCAAAAACACACUCAAAUGCACUUUCCGGUCUCUCCAGGUCAGCAGGUUACCCACGAGUGGGGAGACCACCAGCACUCCAACGAUGUCAAUGACAGUUGUGACAAAGGAAAAGAACAAAAAGGUGAUGUUUUUGCCCAAGAAAACAAAAGACAAGGAGAUUGAGUCUAAGAGUCAAUGCAUUGAAGGAAUUAGUAGAUUGAUUUGCACAGCAAAACAUCAGCAGAAUAUGCUGCGGGUCCUAAUUGAUGGCGUAGAGUGGAACGAUGUGAAGUUCUUUCAGCUGGCAGCACAGUGGUCCUCCCGUGUCAAGCACUUUCCCAUCUGCAUAUUCGGACACUCCAAACCUAACUUCUAACCGCUUUCAGCAGGGCGGCUUUCUGCCUGUAUGGAGACUGCACACCCAGGAGCCAGGAAUCUGAGUGCCAACUCUGACUCAAGUCUGCUUGCUCUCUCCUGCAGAUUACUUACAGAUGCAUCUGGAUUACUUCUGCAUUACUUUUUUCUAUUAAUUCUUAAGUUUACUACAAGGGAAGGAAAUCCCUUGAAUAAAGCAAAAACCAGUCUUAAGUAGAAAUGUACCGAUAACAUGGAAAUUACUGGGAGAACCUCCAGAACUGGGGUGACCUGCCGAAGAACUUAAGAGCAGAUAGCUGGAUAACUGCACUGCUUAUUAACCUGAAACCUCCUGGGUGUGUUUGCGGCUGAGUGUUCUGGAUUGGGCCUGAAUGGUUUUUGAGGGGCAAGUGGGAGGUAGCGGGAGAAUUAAGUGUUUAACUCUUCCGCUCCCCCCUCCCCACCACCACCACCCUGACUUCACAUGAAGAAAGUAGAGCCUGGUUCAUCACCAGAUAGUUCAGAUACCAAGAAUGUGAAAUACAUUGCGCUGUCUGCCAAAAACCAAGCUAAUAACUGAGGGAAACCCCAGGAUUCUCCACAGGUGAAGAAAUGCCAGAGGGUCAUUGUUUUAAGGCCAGCUACUGAAAUAAGCAGGCAUGUUCACUCUCAUGCCUGAUUCAGGUUGGGCAGAGACUGAAAUACAAAGUAUGAAAUGUCUGUCUGAGGAAUCCCAUUGCUCCAAGUCCAUCCCAAUAACCCAACCAAGCCAGUCACAACACCCCUGGAGCUGGAUUUGAAGGACACCAGUUCAGUGGGGUUGUUGCUAUUUAGAUUUUCACACAGAUUAUGUACAUCAAUAAAACCUUGCCUGGGCUCUCAAGAGAAUGGAUUUUUACAGGUGCAGAUUUUUUUUAAUGCUUUUAAAAAAGAUUAAGUUGCUAAAAAAAGAUAACAGGAAAGAUGAGCUGCUGUCUAAUGAGUCAGGCAUUAGUGUACUGGCUAGUUCCUGUGCCCCUUGGGCCCUUACACAUGAGCAGCUGCAUUUUACACCAGCUACAUGCACACCCGCACAGCAAAAGCGCAUGUGCAUGUGAAAGCACAUACAAUACCAACUCGCAGCAAAUGUGCCACCUGCAUACGUACAUCUUCUAGGCAGUGUGUACAAGGUUCCCCGCAACACUCCAGAUGGGAAUCCCUUGUUUGGGGGCCCCCUCCAGCCAUGCAAGGAUCUGCUGCUGCUAUUUCUGAGGCAGGAGGCCAGGUAGCAAAGCCAGCUCUGAAAGCAGAGACAGAGAACUUCAGCUUGUCUGGACUGCGCUGGAAUGCCUCAUGCACGGAUUGUGUCAUCUGAGGGGUCUCUCAACUAUUCUAGUUCUUUGACUCCAGCACAAUGCACUGUUAGCCAGUUGGGCCAUGUGCCAGCUUAGGAUCCAUCCUCCCAGGGGCCGAGGGGCCUGCCACAGAAAAUGAGGGUGGAGGAGUCACUCAGUGCCCCUGUACUUCCUGCAGCUAGCAGAACCCACCAUUCAGGGAUUAAGGAUUUGCUGUGCAAAACCAGCCAGUGCCUGUGUGAAAUGCACUGGCCACUAUAGCCCUGCCCCUGAGCACUACUGCAGCUUACGAGUGGGAAGCUGUAAGCUAUGUACUGUAUGUUCUCCCUUCCCCCUCACCUAAAAUAUCACUGUGCCAGCCCAUUCCCAGGGUAUUCUAAAGCAGCCUGAAUGUUGCUCUGAUUUACAAUGUCAGUAGCCCUACAGGGCUGCGUCAGCAGCAUGGGAUCUCUGGAGCCAAAGGAGGCUCACCUACAGCUUUCCCCAUGCCUCCCACUCUCAUUGGUAGCUGGGUGUGUGGAUGGUGUAGGAGCUACUACAGCAACUCUCCUUUAG